AUGUCUCCCAUCACCGUUACGACCAUUGGUCUAACGUGUAAGGCAUUCCUCAGUUCUGGUCUCUGUGCGGUCACGAUCAACGGUCUGCCUACACUAAUUGAGGCCUUGAACAGUGCUCAGAGGGAAUAUGGAUGUGGCGUUGUCACCGUUUCCAACCAUAUAUCGACACUUGAUGACCCCGUGACAUGGGGGGUUCUUCCGGCCAAAUACUAUCUUAGGUCGAGAAUGACACGUUGGACGCUUGGCGCUUCCGACAUCAUGUUUACGAACCCAAUACUCUCGUACUUCUUUACCCAUGGACAAGUACUUGAGACUUUCCGCGGCAAGGGAAUAUUCCAACGGUCGGUUGACGCCGCCAUAGACAAGUUGAACAAAGGGGAUUGGAUUCACUUGUACGGGGAGGGGAAAGUAAACCAACCAAGCAUGUACCAAAAAGACCAGGACGGUUUAGCUAUCCUUCCGCGCUUUAAGUGGGGAGUGGGCAGAAUUAUUAGUUCGACCACCACCAUACCAACGGUUAUUCCAAUGUGGAUCACAGGUUUUGACACACUCAUGCCGGAAGGCCGUCCUUUCCCAUACAACUUCAUGCCACGGAUAGGCGCAUGCCUCAGUGUCACAUUCGGUCCUCCCAUUCCCUCAGAGGAAAUUAAAAGAGUGAUUGAUCACUUGAGGGAGACAUCGACCGCCGAUUUGGACGUGAAAAUUCGAACGGAGGUUACUGCCAUUGUACACCAGGCAGUCCAAGCGUUAGGGAGGUCUGUGUCAGGCGUAUCGCUGAGGGGAACAACGUACGCAUAA